UGUACUAACAAAUCUCGCUAAUAUUUUGAUAAUAAUUCCACUAAAAUAAGGUAAAAUGGCUACGCCACCACGGGAAACUAUUCAGAAGCAAAUUCAGCAAGACUGGGCGAACAGAGAAUACAUUGAAGUCAUUACGGGGAGCAUAAAAAAGAUAACAGACUUCCUCAAUUCCUUCGAUAUGUCUUGUAGAUCACGUCUAGCUACGUUAAACGAGAAAUUGACAUCUUUGGAGAGGAAAAUUGACUACUUGGAGGCCUGCGUCACAAAAGGGGAAACAUUAACAUAAUAUUACUUUAGGUAUAAUACUAGUGUAACGUAACUCAUAACUAAAUGUCACUGUGUAAUAUUUAGUAUAAGAUAUGUAGCAACUCCAAAUUAAAUGUU